UUCCAAGCUCCGAGUCGCAUUGAACUCUUGUGCAAAGAACUCAAUGUUCACCACCCAAAGCAUUAAACAUCAGAAGAUGGAGCCCCCAACUGGGAUGUCUGAGUUUCCUACGAUGAUCAAUGAGCUGGGUGCGCUCCUAGAUGCACUAAAUCUUUACGUAUCUACGAACUUUGUCAAUGCUACACCCAUUCUUCUUCAGUACCAUCCAUCCAGGCGCACCGAGAUGAUACAGCACGAAAAGGAUCGUAUUCACCGAAUGCACGAGCAAAUAACCCGAGUAGGCACUAUUGCGCUGAAGUUCAAGGCGUUUGAGCAGAACAUGAACCGGCGCCACAGUGCCCUCCAAAAUACGCUAUCGCCUGUAUUUUCUCUGCCAACCGAAAUCCUACUCAACAUCCUUUCCAGAGUUGUCUUCGCCAGUCGUUGUCGGGUGCCGCCGGAGAGGCUGUUGCUCGUUUGCUCCGCGUGGAAAUCGCUUAUUCUCUCAUCUCCGGAGCUCUGGGCGGGUUUCACAAUGUACCUGGGAGCCUCCAAACGUUGUCACGCUUACUUCGAGCGGUCAAAGCCACGAAAAAUACAAGUUAUCCUUCUCUCAGGUUCAAAUUCGCCUCCUCAUUGGGUUCGAAAGAUUCCCCCGUGGAUCGCCAGCGAAGAUUUUGCCUCCCGGGUGACGCGUCUCUGUGUGCAAUUAGACAACGACCUCACUCAGUCAUUAUGGGCACCAUUAAUCACAAGAAACAGUCCCCUGUUCACCAAGCUCUCAAUCUUGAAGAUCACGGGCGAUUCGAACAACGAGAGAUUCCCGUUGCCUCUGAUCCAGUUUCUAUCAGACAGGAGAUUUCCUCGCCUCACCAAACUUCACCUCUCUGGGGUAACACUAACAUCCACACCUCUGGAGCAGAUCAUGAAUAUCAGAUUUUUGGUUCUGGAAGGUGCCUUUAUGGACAAUGUCACUUUGGUGGCUCUGAUGCGGUGCUGUCCUCAACUGCACACCCUGCACAUGCGUUAUGGUUAUUAUUCUGGCUUUGUGAGACCGGAUAUGAGCAUGACACCAAUUCAUCUCCCUCAUCUCCGAGAAAUCCACGUUACAUUCUCUAAAAUCUUCAUAAUGGUCCAGCUUUUUACGCGGAUCAGAGCGCCCGAAAUACGCACCCUCAGAAUUACGUCUGCACCUUUUCGGGAUACAUCUGCAUCUUUAGGUGUGGCUGAAGGCAUAUCUGCACUGGAUGCGUUUUUGUCGGGCAUUGUGCACCAAUCGUUCAACGAAUUAGAGUUCCGUGGCCAAAUCCACACAAUGACCCUCUUCCUAAGCCUGCUUUUAACGAAGACUCAACCGCGUGGGUCGAGUGCUUUUCUGGGACUGAGACGGUUGGUUUUACGGACACCAGUUGCUGGUUUGGGUGAUAACGGUUACGGAAAUGAAGCCUCGCAACUCCGGACCCUGGUAGAACGCCUUCAUGAGCGGGGUGGCCGAUUAGAAACUUUGGAGGCUACCUCCAAUUUCAUCACGGAUGACUCCGUAACGUUGGAGCAGUAUGUUGGGGUCGUCCGUAUCAUCGCUGAUACGCGUGAUUGAGAUUGUAGGCUGGGUCCUGCCUAGGAAAGGCCGGUGCUAACGGUAAUCAAUUACCGAUAUGGCGGGACCAAGGCACACAAAGCUGGGGCUUUGAAUGACUAUGCCUCACGCUUUGUCAUGUCUCGGGAUCAGCACGUUUUGGCAACGCGCGUGUGGGGUGCCUCCUAUUUGCAAUAGGAGUUCAUCAAAUUUUCUUUGAUUGGUUCAGAGUUCCCAUGCCUUCACAUCUCCUGCUGUGUCUGUUCUGCGCUACCCUCCCCUUGGUUAUAUGUACAAGCUAGUUUAGUUUUUUACCCUCAAUUCAGAAGUCUCGGCACAAGUCGGGGCUGUCGUCACAGCUGUUGGAGAUCAAGCACGAAAUCAUGUAUUUACAAUUAUUUACUCCG